GAUUCAUUCAUUUAUUCAAAUAUACGGCACCCAUGAGACUCUCCAUGAAUUCUCUGCUUCUACUCUGUCUUCUGCUGGCUCUCUCAUGCCACACCACAGAGGCUAGCAAGUCGGUUGGUAGAAGGUUACAAGAAACACAAGACGAAGAAGUCUUGAUGGAAGAAGUAGAAGAGGAAGACCAACUGGUGGUCAUUCCCGUUCCAGCUGCUUCCCUCCACGAUGACACUCCCUCAGCUCCUGUGCCCGUGGUUCCGGUGCCCACUCCACCACCUGGAAAUCGCACGCAGCAUCCUACCACACCCUCUCCCACGAUCACACCCGACGAUUUCAACACCACGGCUCCCACUACGGUAGCUCCUACUUCCGUGGCUCCUACUCCCGCACCUUCCCACAAGAAUGAGACUCCCGCUCCCACACACGAAACUGCCCCACCCACUUCAGCGCCCACUACAGCUGCCACUGGCCUUUCCUUUUUUCGCAUGAUGGGAAAAAUGAUUGCCUGGUGUAUCCUCCUAGGAUUGGGUGUGUUGUUGUAUGGAUUUUGCAUUCAACACCAAUACCAGAUUGCCUAUUAUGCACGCCACUGCGGGCAUUGUCUGGUCGGUGUCAAUCAAUGGCUAUUGCAAAAAAUUCGGCCGUCCCACAAUUUGCAUUCCGGUUACGCCGCCAUGUACGCGUCGGAACGAAACGAUGCCCAAUCGUCGGCACUGCUCUUUGAUGCACCGGAUAAUUCAUUCUUUGGAGCUGGUGGCAAUAAUGGGGAUUAUCAUGACGGUGGUUUCGUCAUGGGACAACAUUCCAAUCAACAGUUUCAAAGUAUGGGAUAGUAAUCAAACAAAACCAACAACAAAUGUAUCUGUACAUUCUCAAAGCGCGAGGUAGAAAAAGGAAAGUGAACAUUGUAGAAUUGAUUUUUUUAAA